UCUAUUCACACUCCUACCCCUACUUCUUCCUAAUUAAAAAAAAUAAAGGCAAACUUCAGCAAUUCUCACCCCCAAGCGCUUUCUAACAGGAUCGAGCAACACAGCAACCGGAAAGUUGACAUGUCUCAAGGAAUCGGGACAAGGCUAUUCAUCAGCAGACUAUCAUUUUUCACUUCAAAGGAGCAGCUGAAGACGCUGUUCUCUCCAUUCGGAGCAGUUACAGAAGCUACACUUGUGUUGGACCCGAAAACAAAAAGGCCCAAAGGGUUUGGUUUUGUAUCCUACGAGUCUGAAAUUGAAGCGGAAAAGGCUAUCAAAGGCAUGAAUGGCAGGAUAAUUCAAGGAAGGCUGAUUUUCGUUGAACCUGCAAAGAUGACAUGAACCGGUGAAAGAUUAUGCCUCUCCAUAAACGUGAUUGUAUUUAAUUCCUGCACUGAUCUUGUGUAUGACUGAUAUUUUUCACUUUUCAGAUGAAGAGUCACACUUGAUCAUUUGUUCAUGCUUAGCUCCUCAGUUUUAUUCUUCAAUGCUCCAAUUUGGGAUAGUGAGUUGUAACUUGUAAGAAGGCAUCCAUUUUGGGAAAUUAGAAAGAGAAUCAAAAAAAUUCAUUUUACAGCA